CCCAUGUGCGAACGAGUCUCUCGAGCGCUCUAUUUCUGAAGGACCUCCUUCUUGCGCCUCAGGUUUGGUUGAUAAACCUCAGCUCCUCAAACCACCAGUUACUCCUGCACAGAGGAGAACAGCACAUCCGAGAGCGUCGCAUCGAGCUACAGUCACGGAGACGGGAUUCGCGACUGUCACACGCGGUUUCCCAGAUCAACAGUUCGGCGCUAUGCAAGAAAACAAGAUGAGACAACCUGGGAACUAAAAGAACAUUGGUCUUAGGUAGAAGCAGCCUUACGCUGGACAAUUCCAAUUCAUUUCCUCUCCUCCCUGGAGAAUAAGCCAGACAGAGCGAUCAUCAUUCAUUUCAAGAGACACUACAGCAACUGACGGACAUGGAGCAGUCUCAUCUGAACAACAGCUCUGGCUCUUGGUUAUUAGAGGAUCCCAUCUGUCCAACCUCCCUCAGCAGCACCACUUUCCUCAUCGUAGCAUACAGCACCAUGUUAGCAGUGGGCCUGGUGGGCAACACUUGCCUGGUUUUAGUCAUCACACGACAGAAAGAGAUGCGCAACGUGACCAACAUCUUCAUCGUCAACCUCUCCUGCUCUGAUAUCCUUGUUUGUUUGGUGUGUUUACCGGUCACCAUUAUCUACACCCUUAUGGAUCGAUGGAUUUUGGGCGAGGCUUUGUGUAAGGUGACGCCGUUCGUCCAGUGUUUGUCCGUAACGGUUUCGAUUUUCUCCAUGGUUCUCAUCGCCUUGGAAAGACACCAGCUCAUCAUCCAUCCCACCGGUUGGAAACCAGUCGUCAGACACUCCUACCUGGCUGUCGCGGUUAUCUGGAUCGUCGCAUGUUUUAUCUCCCUUCCGUUCCUUUCGUUCAACAUCCUCACAAACUCGCCCUUCCACAACCUCAGCCUUCCCUUCAACCCCUUCAGCGAUCACUUCAUAUGCAUUGAACAAUGGCCAUCUGAGGGCAAUCGGCUGACUUAUACCACAACGCUGCUACUGUGCCAGUACUGCUUACCAUUGGCGCUCAUUCUCGUUUGUUAUUUCCGCAUAUUCCUGCGUCUCAGCCGCCGUAAAGACAUGGUCGAAAGAGCACGAGGUGGACGGCAGAAGAAGACCAAAGGCUCAAAGCGAGUCAAUGCCAUGCUAGCCUCGAUUGUAGCAGCUUUCGCCCUCUGUUGGCUGCCACUGAAUGUUUUCAACACGAUUUUUGACUGGAACCAUGAAGCAAUUCCCGUCUGCCAGCACGACGCCAUUUUCUCAGCUUGUCACCUCACCGCCAUGGCGUCGACUUGUGUGAACCCAGUCAUCUAUGGUUUCCUGAACAAUAACUUCCAGAAGGAGCUGAAAUCGCUGCUUUCCAGGUGCCGCUGCUGGGGGCCGCCAGCGAUUUACGAGAGUUUCCCUUUGUCCACUGUCAGUACGGGCAUUACUAAGGGGUCUAUCCUAAGCAGUGGCUCUGCUAGCACCUAUCAACCACACAAGAAAAACAGCUUGGAACAGAAAGAUACCAUUUAAUUGGAGUGAGAUGUACGAUAAGGCAAUGUACCCACCUACAUUUCACGUUUCUUCAAGCAUUCAGUGGUGGCUUGUGAACACUGCCAGCUAAUCUGAGUUUGAGGUUCAGAAUCCCAAUUUGGUCCACUUUUCUUUUUUAAACAGAAAUGGGCCGAAACAUAUUAAGGAAAGGCUUAUUGUAGCUGGGCUCUGCAGAGGAGAAUUAAGCAAUGAGAAAUAUCAUCGCAGAUUGCUUAAAUGACUAUGGCCAAUUAAACAUGCUGGUUUUGUGGCUGUUAUAUGGUGAGUUCUCAAUGGCACAGAAAGCCAUUUUUUUACCAGUUAGAGCAAGGUUCUCUCUGAGAGAUGUUAUAAUGAAAUAGUGAGUGGAGGAGGCCUUUUCUUCUCAUUGUCUUUGUCCAAGGUAAUGUUGUGGAAGUUAACAGCAAAAGAAUUGUACUAUUUUGGUUCUUUUCACUGUUAAAGUGAUAGCUCGCCUAAAAAUAAACAUUCUGUCAUCAUUACUCAUGUUGUUCCGAACCUGUGACUUACUUUCUUCUGUGGAACACAAAAGCACCAUAAAUGCAUCAUAAAACCAGUGCAUAUGACUUGUGUGCUUUAUUCCAAGUUUUCUGAAAUCACACAACAGCCUUGGAAUUUAUGUCAUUUUGAACUGAAAAUCUUUGUGAACGGAUCAAUCAUACUGCCAUUUUGAACCUGAUCAACUUCAUUGUAAACAUCUGACUCAAAAUAAUGAUUUAAUCUCUAAUGAACAUAACAGGGUAGAUGAUUUCAGUCUGUUUCAGUCUCUUCAAAAAACAUGAUAUACAGCACAUGAUUCAUAUGGAACACUUUUACAGUGUUUUGUUGUCUUUUUUAAGAUUGAAAGCUUCAGUCGCUGUUUGAUGUAAUUGCAUGAAAAAGACCAACCUCUUGUGUUUCGCCAAGAAAAUAAAGUCAUAUGAAUUUGGAACAACAUGAAGGUGAGUAAAUCAUUUUUAACGUUUUUUUUAAAGGAAGGUGCAGAACUAGCAAUAUGUGUAUAAUGUGUACAUUACAAAACAGAUGUUAUAGUCUUAUGUAAUAGUUAUUAUACAGCAUCAUGACUAUACAAGCACAUUCUGUCAUUGAUUAGGAGUAGAAAGUCUGCUAUUUCAAACUGGUAUGUACAAUCAUUUACAAUUUAUUUAUUUACUUAUUUUUAUUUUUAUUUUUUUUUGCGCUGUGUGACAGGUGUAAUUUGUUUAAUUUGAUCUAAAUGUUAAUCAGUAUAAACACACUGUGUCCUUUGCAGAAUGGCUUUAUUUGCAAAAGUUAUCCAAGUGAAUUAUAGAUUCAGUUCCUCAUUUGCACUUUCACUGGACUGUGGAUCUAAUCUAAACAAUGUGCAUGUUCCAAGUAGCAUUUGUAUAAUAUAUAUAUUUACAUUUACAUUUAGUCAUUUAGUAGACGCUUUUAUCCAAAGCGACUUACAAAUGAUGAUAAUAGAAGCAAUCAAAACUAACAAAAGAGCAACAAUA